UUUGGUUUUUGUAAAAACGAAAAAGUUACACAAGCGUUCAGCGUCAGGCUUUUGUAACAUAUGUAUUAGAUACUAUUUCAUUGUUGCCAGUCGUAAUUGACCAGUCAGUGUCUUAUCUUCAACGUUGUAUCGGACCGAACAAUCUGAGCACUGAAACAAAAAGCCUUUUUUUUUUAUUAACAAAGAUAGUAUCGAUACAUUUGAUUCACACAAGGGCUCUGCCUACAGAGACGACAUAGUCGCUUUUGUUUGGACUACUGAAGGUGAAAAUAAAAUAGAAACAAACAAUUCGGGAUGUAUAUUUGACGAAAUAACGCAAAAAGCGGGGUUAUCAACGAAAAGUCCAGACGCGCGCGAGUAUCUCGGGUUGUAACAAGUAAACAGAAGCGCGCGCUUAAAAUAUGGAGUUGAAUUCUGUGAUUUUGACCGCUGGAUCCUCGGUGGGCUUUUUCAAAUUGGUAAACUAUGGAAUCGGCAAACUUCCCAUUCCCGAGACAGCUCAGAGGAACGCUUGGAAAUGGAAAAACAUCUCCACAUCUUUCGUGCACAGCGUCAUAACUGGAGUGUGGUCCGUGCUAUGUUUUUGCAUGCACCCCCAGAUGGCUGAGGAUUUAAUAGCAACGCACUCCGUUUUCUCUCACGCCCUAGUGUCUGUGUCAAUCGGGUACUUCAUAUAUGACUUCUUUGAUAUGGUUAUUAAUCAGAAGAUCAGCCAUUCAUGGGAGCUACUUUUCCACCAUGUAGUGGUGAUCACCUGUUUCGGGAUCUCAGUUCUGACCUGUCGGUAUGUGGGUUUUUCAGUGGUCGCGCUGUUGGUUGAGAUCAAUUCGAUCUUUCUGCACCUGAGGCAAGUGCUCCGCAUGGCCAGCCUGGCCAAAAGUACUUUUUACCGUGUCAACAGCAUGAUAAACCUGGGCACCUACGUGGUGUUUCGCAUCAACACUCUGGCCUGGAUGACCCGCUGGCUGGUGCUGAAUCGUGACCUUAUCCCCCUGGCCAGCUACACCAUCGGCAGCGUGGGUCUGGCCAUCAUGACCGCCAUGAACAUUGUGCUGUUUUACCGCCUGAUGAGAAGUGACUUCAUGAAGUCCAGCCGUGAGAAAGAGGUGAGGAGUGAGAAGGAGAAAGAAAUGUAGAAAGACGACGACGACUCCUGCUCUCCCACUACAGCUCCAACCAAAUCCACUCUCAUCGCCAACUGUUUCCAGACUUUGGGGAAAAACUUGCUGACUUCAUUACUUCAACACCUGCUUGUCCAGUCAUUUUGACUCCAUCUCAUGAAGACCUCAAGCUGUGCUAAGAUAUCUCUAUGAUGGCUGUUGUCACAGGUUUACAGAUGUCUGAAACAGAUGACAUAUUUAUACAUUCAACCUUAUGGUCAAAUACUCCUGCACGGUUUUUAGACAAUGACUUGAGCGUAUGAAACACAUUAUGUUUAAUUUCAAAGGAACUGGAUCUGCUUUCCUUAAUCUAAUCGCAUGCUAAUGCUGAUUGACCGCACUUAAUGUAUACAUUACCUAUUAAAUAUGAGCAAAUAUUCUGCUCAAUUACAAACUACUCAAGUAAGGUUAAAAAUAUGAAAAAAGAACAUAAAAGUUUGAUUUAUUUAAGCUUGCCUCAUUAACACCUACAGCUGCUACCUCAUUAGCUUGUAGCAGGAUCAUCCUAAUUCUGUACACAGGGACAAUUCAUCCAAAAAUGAAUAUUCCCUUUCUUCUGUGGAACACAAAUGAAGAGGUUUAGUUGAAUGUUCACGCUGCUAUUUUCCAUACAAUGAAAGUGAAUGAUAACCGGUGGCUGUCAAAUUCCCCCCCAAAAAAUAAAAUCAGUUCAUACAUUUAAGGACAGAUAUUACAUUUUUGGGUGAACUGUCCCUUUAAUAUAUAUAUAUAUUUUUUUUGUAGUAGAAUUUCUUAGAGCUGAAUUGUAAUUGAAACUCUCUGUACUGACUAGUAAUAGUAAAUCAGCUGACCAUGGACAGGAAGUGCUCAGUGAUCAGUACUGUAUUUCACAAAAUUGGGGUAGGAUUUGAUUUGGUCGUCAUGACCACAGUCUUACCCUGAGCAUAAAGAUCACUGUUAGUAAUUUACCCUUUAAGUGGAGGAUCUAAAUCUCCAUGCUGGAGUCUUUACAACCGUUAUCAGAAUUAAAAACACCCCUGCUCAUUAUUAUAGAGCAAUAUGUGUGAGGUUUGAGAUCUGACAGGACUGUCAUUGCACAAAUCAUGCCUUUAGGUGGCACUACACACACACACACACACACACACACAAACAAUGAGACCUCAUGUUAGCUUAUGCUAAUGCUUAGACUAUAGAGAGGCAUGGUUAAAGCAGUACUUAUUUUGAUUUAAAGGUGCAGAUUUUUUUUUAAAUGCAACUUUGUAAUGUUUCUUUUUUUGUGUGUGUUUUGUAUAACUGUAAUUUAUUUGUCCUUAAUAUCCUUGAUUGUUGUGGUUUGAUGCAAACUGCAAAAAAAAAAAACUUUUUUUUCAAACACAUUGAAUGGUGGAACACUGUUUUGUGCAAAAUGAUGUUGUGAUUUUGUUGAUGGUGAACAAAGAACGGUCCUGGUGAGAUGUACUAAAGUAAAGGCAUUUAUUUGUUUAGCCUUAUUUCAUGUACUCCGUGCCAUUGAGAUUAUAGACUGAAGUCGGAUUAUAAUUUGAUUGGGCAAUAGUGGCCUGUUUAUCCGGUGGGAAUGUUGACGCACUAUAAUCACAUGUAGCAUCACCGACUUGUGCCACAAAAAUAUUCUUUUCAAAUCACCAAAGUUUAUUCAUAAUGUUUCUUUCAGAUACUCCUGCCUUAUUUUACUGAUUGAAGAACAGAUAAAGCUGCUCAUGUCAAAACUAUUGCAGGAACUUGAAAGCACGUGAAAAAUAGAAAAUGUAAACGUUUGCAUUGAAGUAGUAAAACUGAGUUUUUUUAACUAUUGGCAGCUUCACGUUGAGACUGUGUGCUUGUAUAUGUGCUCCCUUAGUGAGGUAAUUGGUAUUU